CGACGUUGACUUCGACGGUGAACUUGUUCUCGUCCUCGAACUCUUGCUCUGAACUAUCCCCACGAAGAUAACAAUGUCGAUGACCCCAGCGCUGACCUCUCUUGUGCACUCCAUUGUUCCCACGUCUCGAACGGACAAGCGACUAGAGGACGAACUCGUUGCUCACAGUCAAGAUAUAUUGACGAGCCAUCUGGGCCAUAGUCAUGAUCCCGAUAUUGGGCACUUGGCCGAUAUCAUCAAGCGCCAACUACUACAAACCAAUCCGAGUGGCUCAUCCGCCUUGAAAUUCACGAACCUGCUAUCGCGCUUGCUCGACCAACCAGCCCUGUCGCGCAAGCAUGCCUCUGUUCAGUUCCUCCAAACACUAGGCGCGAGCACUAGUCGAACACCCCCAACACCUGCACUUCUGCCAUCCCUAGCACCACCGCCACCCUCAAGGCCCCCUACUUCGGCUCACGCCUCCCCCGCACCCACACCCUCUUCAAGAUCACAGCCGAAGGGCAAGAGCAAGGCAGAAUUACUGCGGGAAUACCAUGCUCGCAGAGGCACGCCGACCUUGCCAGAGCACUUGUUGCUACGAGACACGCUCUACCUGCUGCAGGGUAUAUCUGGGAAGUACGUUAGCUUCUCGCAGCAGGAACCGAACAAUCUUGAAUUCCACGACGAUGCACGCUACGCCGUCAGUGAAUCUACGAAGGCCCUCAUCGUGCGGCUGGCAGAGAUUGGGUACCUAUACACGCGCGUCGAAGACUACGUGAAGACGCGCGAAGAUGCAGGCGGUGUAGGCAUGAUUGAACAAAGUCUAUGUCACCAUCUGCAGUCGCAGCUCACCGAGUACUACCGCCUCAUCGCUGUCCUGGAGUCACAGAUGGGUGUGGCGGUCGAGGAGGGUGACCACGGGUCGGAAGUCAAUGGCGUACCGGACAUCAGAAAGGAAGAAACGGGCUUAACACUGCGACGACUGGACGUCUGGAUCAACGACUGGCGACUACGGAUGCGCAUGAUGAGUGUUUGCGUAGAAGGCGCGCGAGACGUCCAUGGCGGUGCCCUCGUUAACCUUAUCCACGGCUACACCGACAACGGCGACCCCUUCGUCCGCAAGUUUACCGACCAGCUCCUCGAAGAGGUCUCCAAGCCCUUCUUCUCCACCCUUCACAAAUGGCUCUUCUCCGGCGAGCUCUACGACCCCUUCAAUGAGUUCUUCGUCGCCAUGGAUCCGGAUAUCCAGUACAGGCAUCCUCAAGGUGGGGGCGGCGGAGGUACACCGUACGCGGAUGACGGUCCCACGGGAGAUGAGGGACGUGAUUUGGGGGACGCGGACGGUGGGGGGCUGAAGUUGUGGGAAACGAAGUAUCAGUUCAGAAAGGAUAUGCUGCCGAUGUUUGUUGGAGAGGCUUUUGGAAAAAAGAUCUUCUCUACGGGCAAGAGUUUGAACUUCAUCCGCUACAGCUGUCACGAUAGUGACUGGGUUGCAACAAGGCAGAAAAUGAGCAAUACGGGCGGUACAUUAAAAUAUAGCGAUAUCCCUGGACUUGAGCGCUCCAUUGAUGCUGCUUACUCCAUGGCGAGUCUUCGCCUAUUUGAGGUCUUCAUCGAGAAGUUCCACCUACUGGACCACCUUCGUGCUCUCAAGCACUAUAUGUUGCUCGGCCAUGGAGACUUCGCCGAACAACUUUUGGAAACUCUUGGCCCUAGUCUUUCGCGCCCCGCCAACACCCUCUUCCGGCACAACCUCACUGCUACCCUCGAGACCGCCAUCCGCACCUCCAACGCCCAAAAUGACCCCCCAGAUGUCCUCCGCCGCCUCGACGCGCGCAUGCUCGAAUACUCCCACGGCGAAAUCGGCUGGGACGUCUUCACCCUCGAAUACAAAGUCGACGCGCCCAUCGACACUGUCAUUGACCCCGACGAGUCCAUGCUCAAGUACCUCAAGCUAUUCCACCACCUCUGGCGCAUGAAGCGCAUCGAGCGCGCUUUGGGCGAAGGCUGGAUGCGCAUCGCGGGCGGCGUGACGCGCGUGUUUUUGCGCGUGCCCGAGCUGGAGGGCGUGUGGCACGAGAUCCGGAUUUAUAUGGCGGAGAUGAUACAUUUUGUGCGCCAGAUGCAGGCGUAUUGUCAGCUUGAGGUGAUUGAGUGUUCGUGGAAGACGCUGAUGGACUUUGUGGGGAAGAGGGAGGGGGAUUUGGAUGCGAUGAUCCAGGCGCAUAGGCAGUACCUGGAUCGGAUGGUGAACAAGGUGCUAUUGCUCAGCCCAAAGACGGGGAAGGAGGAGCGGGUGCUGAGCGAGGUGCGCGAGGCCUUCUCGACGAUCCUGCAGUUCCGAGACUCGACGGACAACUUCUACAACUACUGCCUCACCGAAAGCGCUCGGCGAGACCGCGAAUUAGACGCCAGUAGGGGUGUGUUUUCCGGGACGAAGUUGCCAAAUCAUGCAUCAGACGCCUUGCCUGGGAUCAUCGCACGCGUCCGCGAGUUCGGAACCUCGUUCUCCGACCGAGCACAAAACAUCGUGAUGCAGCUGCAGGUCCAUCCCGACCUCGACUGCCGUUUCUUGGGUGUUCGCCUGUCCUUCUCGGACUACUACCGCGCACGGAAAGAGCAGCAAGCAGCAGCUCAGCAGCAGAAUAAGCCGUAG